AUGUCGGGCUGCGCGGCGCGGCGGUACGUGGCGGCGGCGCUGAGCCGGUGCCGGACCCGCGGGCUGCCGCUCUGGGAACCCCCGGCCCGCGGGCUGCGGCCCCUGGGCGUGGGGGGAGCCGCGGCCCUCCCGCUGCUGCUGCCGCCGCGGCGGCACCUCUCGUCGCGAAACCGUCCAGAGGGCAAAGUGCUGGAGACCGUGGGGGUGUUUGAGGCACCGAAGCAGCAUGGCAAAUACGAGACGGGACAGCUAUUUCUUCACAGUGUGUUUGGCUACCGAGGAAUAGUCCUGUUUCCCUGGCAAGCCAGGCUUUAUGAUCGAGAUGUGGCUUCUCCUGUCACAGAAAAAAGUGAGAACGCGGCAGGCCAUGGUUCCAAAGAGGUCAAGGGCAAAACGCAUACUUACUAUCAGGUGCUAAUAGAUGCCCGAGAUUGUCCGCAUAUAUCCCAGAGAUCACAGACGGAAGCAGUGACGUUCCUGGCAAAUCACGAUGACAGCAGAGCCCUCUAUGCCAUACCAGGUUUAGACUAUGUAAGCCAUGAAGAUAUCCUUCCCUACAGCUCCACUGAUCAAGUGCCCAUCCAGCAUGAGCUCUUUGAGAGGUUUCUCACGUACGACCAAACAAAAGUUCCACCUUUUGUAGCAAGGGAUACACUGUGUGCAUGGCAGGAGAAGAACCACCCCUGGCUAGAGCUCUCUGAUGUCCACCGAGAAACCACAGAGAACAUCCGCGUCACAGUCAUCCCUUUCUAUAUGGGCAUGAGGGAAGCCCAGAAUUCCCACGUCUACUGGUGGCGCUACUGUAUUCGCUUGGAGAACCUUGACAGCGAAGUGGUACAACUCCGAGAACGGCACUGGAGGAUAUUUAGCUUGUCUGGCACCUUGGAAACAGUCAGGGGCCGCGGCGUUGUAGGAAGGGAGCCAGUUUUAUCCAAAGAACAGCCGGCAUUUCAGUACAGCAGUCACGUCUCCCUGCAGGCAUCCAGCGGUCACAUGUGGGGUACUUUUCGAUUUGAGAGGCCUGAUGGCUCCCACUUUGAUGUCCGAAUCCCACCCUUUUCUCUGGAAAGCAACAAAGACGAGAAGACCCCCCCCUCCGGCCUUCACUGGUAGAGCAGACCGAGUGCCGAGACCCAGAGACCUGUGUGUGUUGUAGACCUUUGCCUCCCCAUUAUGCUGCAGCCAAGAACACGGAGCUUUUAAACAUUUUAAACCCUUUUUGUUUUAACUGUUGUCUAACGGGGAGGCUUUUUUUGAACUUUAAUACUGGCUCUCUCAGGCUGCUUGUAAACAUAAGCUGUAUUACAGUUAACCCUUCCCUUUGUGGCACCUGCUGGGGUUGGAGCUGGGGGACGUAGAUCUGUGCUGCUGCAGAAGACUGGCCCCCUCAGCAGGCCUGGACCCUUUGCAAUGUGUUGUGAAUUCUCUGCAAUGUGAGGUUUCUCUAAUAAACUGGCCCUUCCAGUUGCAACCAGUCUUCCUUUGUAAACCAAGGCCUAGGCUUUGCAUCUCAGCCUGCCCCGGCUUGUUGCUCCCCCCUUGCCCAUGUGCAAAGCGGAGUCAGCCCAGACUUCUUGCCGCUUCAGAAGGCAGCAGUGAGGCUGUUCCGAGGGAGAAGGAAUGUGAGCUCAGCCUUCCUGCAAUGCAGCUGCUUUCUGGGAUUUAGCCAGCGUGUGGCGGAGCAGCCUGUGAGCUCCGCUCCUCGUUGUGCACAGCUUGUCUGGGCUGUGCGCUGGGGCCGCGCGAAGCCCGUUUUGUCAGAGAAGAGAGCGCAGAGGGAGGAGGGCGGGUUGGCAGGUAGUGCUGAGCAGGCUGCCACGGUGUCUUGCGUGCGUAGAGCACCGGGCUGCGUGUUGUGAUAGUACAGGAGAGCUGGAGGGGGCCCUCCCCCUGCAAGGGCUUGCCUCGCUGCAGGGAUGUGCGUCCCAACUGCUGGAGGAUACUUCCCCGCUCACGCUGCGGCUGUAACCAUAGUUCCUUGGUAGUUUCUGCUUUGGCAGGAAGAGCUUGUUUUAACCUGCGGUGCUGUCAGCCACAGUGAGGUGGUGCUUGGCUUUCUGCUCCUGCUUGCUCGGCUCGGCAGGUUGUGAUUUUUUUUUUUGGUAGUCUGUGCGGACGGCCCUGCAGAACUGUGCAGGUCCUGAAAUACCGGUAAGCUUACGGUGUAUGGAUUUGUAUGGAUUUGUGGGAAUUUUGCUUUCACACGCGAAGGGCCUGGUCCACAGUGCAAAUCAGGCGUUAGCUCUUUUUACAAGCCAGAGCGGCUCGUGGCAGCUCUGAGGAUUACAGAGAUCUGGAGACACAUCAGCCUCUGUGGUGGGACCCUUCUGGCUGUCUCUGGGUUUCCAGACUUCUGGGUGACUCGCAGGGGCGGAGGUAGUUGGCUUUGUGAUAGGAACACUAGGCAGAAAGAGUUUCAAACCUUGCUCCUUUCCUUGGUCUUGCUUAAAUGACAAGGUGUAACACUCAGAGGACUGUUGCUUUUUCCUGAUUCAGAAGUAUCCUAGUUAUCCCCUCUUCCCCCGAGUCCUCUCUGAGCAGCCUCUUUGCAUUUGGCUCUGCAAGGCAGUGCUAUGGGCUCCCUUGGCUGAUGGACAAAACAGCCUUCGGAAAUGACAGCGGGAGAGACUCGCAUGCUGUCCCGCAGCCAGCGGAUACCUGUCUAGAGACUUAACUACUACUGCUUAAACAGUGUUUUUCUGUCACCGGUCUCUUUAUUUUGUGUCUUCCUUCCUACAUUGCUAUCUACAUUGUGUCCGCUAUCUACAUUGCUUUUAGAGUUGAAAGGUUUAGACAGCGAGCCUGCUUUUAGGGGUAGAAAAGGAUCCGUAAAGAACAGCCCACAGCUGACAACCCCCGUUGCUGCUGUCAGGCUGACUUAUUCGCAGGAGGAAAAGGGGGGGAUGACGCCUCAAGUUCAGAGGAAGCAGGGAUCUUUAGGAACCUGCUUUUUCCUUCCCAUUCAUUUGCUCAAUCGGGAUCAGAGUAGCAGCUGCCCUGCCUCUCCCCGGGUUACCGACUUCAGCUUUAGUGGCAAUUGCAACACCGCUGUAAAUGUUUAACCCUAUUGCUCACCUGCCCGUGUUUCUGGGGUCCUGUGGGCCUAAUGCUUCCAAUAACAAGCGGAGAGAGUUAUAUUCCUGAGUGAUGGCGUGGUCCUGGGGGCAGGGGCUCUGCCAGCGCGAGGCAGAGCAGCUUUUGUGGCUGUGAGGCGCCUGUGGUGUGUUCGGUGUGACAGGCCGCCGGGACAGGGCUACGGCUGAGGCCUCGGGCCCGGGAACAGACAUUCUUGGCUGGAUAAUGAUUGGCAAGAACUGAGGUGAUCAGUGCUGCUGGUAACAAACGGGGCUGGGAUGAAGCAGCACGGGGAACGUAGGAAUGUUUCUGCUCGAUCAGUCUUUGUGGAGGGGGGCUUCAUGCCUGCCCCAGGGCCUGGGUGUGAUGCUGAGCGGCCUGGGGCUCGGGGAGGGCCUUUCCUCAACUGCUUCUUCCCACAGGACUGUUUCCAGAGGGCGGGCGAGCCCUCUCUCUGCGGGUGCGCUGCUUUCCUCUUGUGUAAAUACCUGUACAAAGAACUAAUCAAUAAAGCGCUGAAGGAACGGC